AUGUGCUCCCUCCCCAUGGCAAGAUACUACAUAAUUAAGGAUGCAUAUCAGGAGGCUCUGUACAUGAGAGAUGGCCACUUCCUGGUGGGAGAUCCCGACCCAGACAACUGUCGUGCAGGAAUGAUCUGCAUACUCCCCAACAGAGGCCUGGGCCACACCAGUUUCCCCAUCUUCCUGGGGAUCCAGGGAGGCAGUCGUUGCCUGGCAUGUGUGGAGACAGGGGAGGGGCCUUCCCUGCAGCUGGAGGAUGUGAACAUCGAGGAUCUGUACAAGGGCGGUGACCAGGCCACCUGCUUCACCUUCUUCCAGAGACGCUCGGACCCUGCCUUCAGGCUGGAGGCUGCUGUCUGAACUGGCUGGUUUCCCUGUGGCUCGGCUGAGCCCCAAGAGCCCGUACGACUCACCAAGGAGAGUGAACCCUCAGCCUGCACUGAGCUCUACUUUGAACAGAGUCGGUAG